UGGGCCGUUCCCCUGCCGCCGUGCCGUUAGCAAGCGUGGCAGAAAGGAAGAAAACCCCCUCUUCUCAUCGGUGCCCUCUUCCUCCGCCGCCGUAGCCAUGGCCCCCGCCGGGGAGGUGACGAGAUGGGAGAGUCCCGCGGGUCGCCCGUGUGCCGUGGUGUCGAUCGAAUUCCUCCUGGUGGUGCUGUAGCAGGCCAGGAUCUUGGGGCAAGCAGAAAGAGGAAAGCUGCAGUUAUGUCUGAAGAUUCGAGCAAUCUGGUUGGGAAUGGAGAACAUUUGGAGGUGGCGUACGAGGAUUCUCAGAAGCUUUUAAUGGAGAUUGAAGACCUGAAGGCUCAAAUAGAUAAGGAUGUGAAAGAGCUUGGGUACUGUGAGGCGAAUGAGAAACUGACAGUUGAGCUGGUUCAGAAGGCGGAACAGAUGCAGUGCCUGAAGAAGCAGAAUGAGGAGGUGCAAGGCAAUAAUGAUGGAAUGAGGAAGCAGAAUGAGAAGCUGCAAGCCAAGAAUGAUGGCCUGGCGAAGCAAAAUAAGGAACUGCAAGCCAAGAAUGAUGAUCUGGUGAAGGAGAAUGAGGAGCUGCGAACCAAUAAAGACAGCAUGAGGAAGCAGAAUGGGGAGUUGUAAACCAAGAAUGUCGGCCUAUCAAAGUGGAAUGAGGAGCUGAACUCAAAGAAUGCCGGCCUGGCGAAGCAGAAUAAGGAGCUGCAGGCCAAGAACGAUGGCCUGGCGAAGCAGAACAAGGACCUGCAAGCCAAGAAUGAUGAUCUGGUUGAGGAGAAUGAGAAGCUGAGAGUUAAGCUGGUUCUGAAGGCGAAAGAGAUGCAGUGCCUGAGGAAGCAGAAUGAGGAGGUGCAAGGCACGAAUGAUGGAAUGAGGAAGCAGAAUGAGGAGCUGCAUGUCAAGAAUGAUGGCCUGGCGAAGCAGAACAAGGAACUGCAAGCCAAGAAUGAUGAUAUGGUGAAGGAGAAUGAUGAGCUGCGAACCAAUAUAGACAUCAUGAGGAAGCGGAAUGGGGAGCUGUAGGUCGAGAAUGGAAGCCUAACAAAGGGGAAUGAGGAGCUGCAAGCAAAGAAUGUCGACCUGGUGAAGCAGAAUAAGGAGCUGCAGGCCAAGAAUGAUUGCCUGGCUAAGCAGAAUAAGGACCUCCAAACCAAGAAUGACGAUCUGGCGAGGGAGAAUGAGGAGCUGCACACCAAUAUAGACAGCAUGAGGAAGCGGAAUGGAGAGCUGCAAGCCAAGAAUGUUGGCCUAACAAAGCAGAGUGAGGAAGUUCAAACCAAGAAUGAUGGACUGAUGAAGAGGAAUGAGGACCUGCAAGCCACGAUUUGUAGCCUGAUGAAUGGGAUUGAGGAGCUGGAAGCUAAUAAUGACGGGCUGGAAGAUUUGACCGGAUGUCUUGUGAGGAAAGAGCGUGAAAGUUUGAAGAGUUGAUUGUGGGUUUAGACGAGUUAAAUGGGCAGAGAGCUAUUGGGAUCAAAAGAAUGGGAGAACUUAACGAGAAGCCAUUUCAAGAUGCAUGUAAGAGAAAAUAUGGAGACGACGAUUACCAGAUGAGAGCAGCAGAGUUGGUCUCAACUUGGCAGGAGGAAUUGAAGAACCCAUCCUGGCAUCCUUUUAUGAUUGUUCAGGUUAAUGGAGAACACAAGGAAUUUCUAGAUGACGAUGAUCCAAAACUGAAGUUCCUGCUGAUCGAGUAUGGCGAGGAUGUGUGCAAUGCAGUGAAGGCCGCGCUGAUGGAGAUGAACGAGUACAACCCCAGCGGGCGUUAUGUGGUGCCCGAGCUCUGGAACUUUGGGGAAGGCCGGAGGGCGACGAUGGAGGAGGUCCUCAAGCACCUGUUUGGGCAGAUGAAACGUGAAACAACGCAGGGUCCUCAAGCCCACCAAGCCACUAAGUAGUAGUGCAUGCGCGCCAUUGGUGCUUUUGUGGGAGCCGCGUGCAGCUGUGCUGCUGGAUCCCCCCUCCUGACUCCUGAGGUAGGAGAUGUAUCCUGUGUCUUCCCUUUGCCUAGAGACAUUACAAGCGUAUGUGAUGUGUGCAUGUGGUGUUGUUGUUGCCGCUUUCCGUCCUGAAAACUGAUGUGAUCGGUGAACUGAAUGACACCAACCCGUUGCCUUUGU